AUGGAAAAGAUCAACGUCAAGAAUAUAGUUACCCAGUCUCUCUUGUUGGGAAUAGCAUUACUGCUACCAAACUCUGCCAAAAUUUGUACAACGGCAGGUCGUCACUUCACUGGAUAUGUGGUGGAGAACCGUAUCAAUCUCAAAGGACUAAGUAACGAAUAUCAUCUUCUGUAUUGCAAUGACAACAAACUAAUUUUUGACAAGAGUUUGAAUGACACUAUACCUUGGACAGCCCAAAUCAGUUUUGGAUGUGAUGAAGUAGUUCUUGCAAGGAGAAAGUCAUUCUCGCUUCGCGAACUCCCAUUGUAUUUCCCGCAUACUUUAGUUGGGGGGAUUUUCGUGAAUCUAGGCAAUGAUACAAAGACAUCUGUUCCGUUGAUCGCAGAAAGCGUGUCAAGACAUUGGAUUGAGAUCAACCACAGAAAAGAGGUAAUUUACCAUUUUCCUAUUUUGUCUACUCCCAAAAUAGACAGCAAGAGGUAUCAUAUGACAAUGGAUUGGGAUCGCUUCAUUCUGACUACCGAAAGCUACAAUUUUAACUAUGACCCAAGAAAUACUCUAAGAAAAAACUAUGAUUUGAUUUUAAAUAUCUUGAAUUCAUUAGUUGGCCAAGAAGGCAAUAAAGAGACAGUUUUUAUUGCUCUCUCAUACCUCUCUGAUGCUCUAUCCUCAGUCCAGUUUAUGGGGUUGAUGAAAAAGUUAGACAAUCUAUUAAAGUACUAA